GGGGAAGGGACGGCAGCGGCGCCUCGGCUCCUUCCGCCCUUCCGGCUCCCGCAGCGCCCGGACAGCGCCGCAGAAUGUUUGGCACUUCAUGCCUGUGCAAAGGAAGUGUAAUUUACACCCAAGCUGGAGGCAACAGGAAAAACGGCCAACAUAAACAUGGAAGACAGGUGAAGGAUGGCACAGAUCCCGUGAAGCUGUAGGGGACUUCCUGACAUCCUGGUUACGAUGACACCCAGCAGAGGACUAUGGGGAUAAAGUGGGAAUUCCUUCACUUCCCUUAAAAGAUACUAAAGACCAUGGCUGGGACUUGUCCAAGGUGUUGACAUCAUGGGGAGUUGCUGUAGCUGCCUGUGCAAAGACAGUAUCCCAGACAACCACCCCACCAAGUUUAAGGUGACAAAUGUUGAUGAUGAAGGCAGUGAGCUGGGCUCAGGGAUUAUGGAGCUGACGCAGAGGGAACUUGUUUUGCACACGCACAAACGUGAUGCAGUCCGGUGGCCAUACCUUUGCUUGCGCCGAUAUGGCUAUGACUCCAACCUCUUCUCCUUUGAGAGUGGGCGUCGCUGCCAGACAGGGCAAGGAAUUUUUGCCUUCAAGUGUUCAAGAGCCGAGGAGAUUUUUAACUUGCUGCAGGACCUGAUGCAGUGUAACAGUAUCAGUGUGGUAGAGGAACCUGUCGUCAUUACGAGGAACAGUCAUCCUGCUGAACUGGAGCUGACUCGGACACCCCAGACACCCAGCGCUGUAGGAUAUACUGUUCCAGGAUAUCCCAAUGGAUUCCACAACUUUCCUGGGGAGGCCUCGUCUUGCCCUGCUGCUCGACAUCCCUCCAUGAACAGCCUACGUCAUUCCUCAGUUAGUGAGGACUCCACACACGCCCUAAUUGUCCCUGAUGAACAAUCCCACACCUAUGUGAACACAGCCAGCGGUGAGGGAGAGAGGAGGGGCCACCACUGCAUGCACUCUUUGCCUGAAGUCCAUCCUCCUGUCCCCCACUCCAACCACAGUUGUGCCCUGGAGGAUCGGAACCCCCAAGUCUACCUGCAGCCGGGCGAGGUGAAGUUUGUUCUGGGCCCUUCCCCAGGUUACAGGCACAUGAUGAAAUGCGAUGGCUUCUGCCGACCCCACUGGGAGUGUGCAGGACACAUCUGCACCCCUAACAAUAACAACAACGAGUGCAAAAACGAGUGCUUCACGCCCAAGUGCGUAUACGAAAACGUCAAUGGCCUCCUGCCUUCUCGAGGGACCUUGCUUCGCCGUGGGGGCAGCGGGCGUUUGAAAAUUGCCCGUGAAGAUCUGAAUCCCCAUGGUUGCUCUCACCGCCGAACCACCCUUCUGCACUACGAGAACCUGCCCUCGCUGCCACCUGUGUGGGAGUGCCAGCCGCUGAGGCAGGAGCAGGACGAGGAGGAUUCUGGCGAUGCCAUGACACCUUCCCCCAACGGUUAUCCUGAGCUUGAGGAAGAUGACCCCUUACAAAACUACAUGAAUUCAGAAAGCGCUGCCCUGCAUGGGGGCUUGCGCAGGGAGAAUUGCGUGCCACGGCGCCGCAGCUGUACACCCAGUGUCUUCAGUUUUGACUUCCGCCGGCCUUGUUUGGAGCAGCAAAGGCAGCUCAAUUAUAUCCAGGUGGAACUGGAGGAUGACCCUCACAAAGGGCGCCAAAGCACACCAGUCCCCCGUACCCCACUUUCUGCUCCACACCCAGCCCGCAGGACGGAUUCCUAUGCGGUCAUUGACCUUAAAAAGACAGCAGCAAUGUCCAACUUGCAGAGGGCACGGCCUCGGGACGAUGGGACUUCAAGGAAAACUCGGCAUAACAGCACUGACCUGCCUGUGUAAGAGGAAAGCCCUACCCAAGCACCGCACUGUGGC